CCUAUUUUUCAUCCUUUUCUUUUGUUUUUCAGAUGAGUGUGUUCUUCCAUCCUUAUCUACAUACAUUCUACCUCCAUCCCUCCGUUUCACCCUUCCGUCAGUGAGAGAGGAGGGAGUGGAGAGAGAAAUUUUCCUCCAUCACUGCAUCCAACGCGGCCUCUCUGAAUUCAUGCCCUCACUAAUGCCCACUCACGCUUCCCUCACUCUCCUGACUCACCACCCGUCACCCAGCCCCCUCCUCCGACCCCUGGCCAGUCACCCCCUCUCCACUACCACCCGAAGGAUCCCCACCACCUUAAAUGGAGGAGGAGGAGGAGGGGAGGAGUGCAUACCUUCAGUUCUCCCCACCUUGUCAGUUCGACGACUUUUACGACUCAGCGUGGUUGUCCGUGGUGCUGCUCGUGUGUCCCUGUGGCUUCUGGAACGACCUGACGAGCCCCUUGUUAGCUGGGAACAGACGAGUAAUUAAGGCCAUGGAGAGGACGGAGGCGGCGUGUGCAGGAUCGGCGUCAGGGUCAGUGGUGAUGCUACUGAUGGCUGUGGUGGUGGUGGGCGUGCCGGCAGCAGAUCUUGGUGAGGCGUGCCCGGACAGCGGCUGGAUUAACCGUGACGGGGCGGACAACUGGUUACCCUCCUUCUCUGAAGAGGUGACCAUACCCAGUGAACAUGUCCCCUCUGCUACUGUCCUGACAUGGGCAGACCUCAGGAAGGAGGCACGCAAAGAUGAUUUGGAACUGCCCCAGGAUGGUCUUCCUUUGCCAAUACUGACUUGCCGCACCCGUGACGUCGCCUGCCAGCACGAGAAGAUCUCCAACCACUCCUGCAUGAUGGUGAGGCAGCGAGCCCUGUGCGUGGCAGUGGGCGGGAUGUGUGGGUCUGUGAUGGUCACCACUAGGGAGCCAAUGAAUUGUUGCUGUACGAGAAAUAAUACUAUCAACGUAAGUCUGUUGGAAACUUGUCUGAUAACCCUAGAAGGCACUGCAGGAGGACCAAGAAGAGAAGAAAGGGAAGGAGGACUAGGGGAGCGACGAGGAGGGAAAGAACACAUCCUGUCCUCUGAAGGAUCCGCCGUGCCGUCAUUGCAAAGAGAGCCGCCGGACACUGAUCAUCACGAGGCGCUGGACAACACGACCAGCAGCGAGCGCGUGGAGAGCGGCGGGGAGCUUACUGAGGGAAGACGUGAAGAAAUCGAGCGUUCUGGAGGACGUCAUUGCCGCCCUCGUCUUCCUUUUCGUUGGGGCAGUCUUAGUGCUCAUCAAAAGCCGAGUCUUUAGAUUAACAAAGAAAAAGCAACUGCAAGAAAUGGAUGUGGAGAGUCAGGAGACACUCGUGGAUGAGACGAUCAUAUGACCCUCGAGAUGACCUGGCCACUGGUGUUGUGUCCCGAGCAUUCACUUGUCAUAGCGCUGUGGCUGAGAGAUUUGUGCUGCCACCUUCAUGCCAAAGAUCAAUGCUAGUGUUAGAUUACCGAGCCAUGACCUUGCAUAUGUUUGUGUUGUCGCGGUGCCUGUCGCAACCUGGCGGAGAGAGAAGCUGCUUAGGUGGUCUGCUUCACUACAACUCUCAAGUCGCUGGCCAUUUCUUGAGUGGUUUUGAUCGUCAAGAAAAUUAAGUGUGAGGGGAUUUUGGAUUCUUGGCGAUAAGUUGAUAAUGUGUUGAUAGCGAGGGAAAUCGUCACACACACACACACACACACAGACACACACAUAAACGGGGAGAGUCAGGAUGGUUGAAUUAAGUGAGGCUACGAACGUAAUGACUGAAGCAAUUUGACAGGCCUUUGAAGUCCCGGAAAAAAAAAAAAAAAUGUACGUAUAAAACUGUGUAAGCAAAUCAACAGGACUUUGAUCUCUCGGUCCACCAGAUAAUGAUUCAUCAACCUCAUCAGACUCUCACUCCAUGCCUGUAUUGAUGAAACCACAUGUACUCCCUUUUUUUUUUUUUUUUUUUUUUUCAGUAUUUUUGCUAUGUAUAUUUGUCCCACAUUUCCUCCAUGUUGACAUGAAAUACUUUGUGCUUAUGUAGUGUAAAUAUAUUUUGUAUAUUUAUUGAUUACGAAAACGAUCCAAGCGAAACUGUGUAUGAUUGUUCUUCAUUCAUUCACUGUAUUCACUCAUGUGUGUGUGUGUGUGUGUGUGUGUGUGUGUGUGUGUGUUUGUGUGUGUGUGUGUGUGUCAGAGAGAGAGAGAGAGAGAGAGAGAGAGAGAGAGAGAGAGAGAGAGAGAGAGAGAGAGAGAUCAAUUUUAACUUUUCAGCUUACGCAAUAUGUUUUUCAGAGCCAUUCACUUCUGUAAUUGAAGAAAAAAUAUGCCCUCUCUCUCUCUCUCUCUCUCUCUCUCUCUCUCUCUCUCUCUCUCUCUCUCUCUCUCUCUCUCUCAAUUUGUAUAUUCUAUUACAGAGAGAGAGAGAGAGAGAGAGAGAGAGAGAGAGAGGGAGAGAGGUGUGGGAAGGGGAUGGAAAAUGAUGCAAACUAACGAGGUCGCUAACUGGCCCAUCAAUUCCAUGUUUACUGGCUACCUCGACAAUAGACUUCAGACGGGCCUAGUUAAUCUCAUGCUGCCUGCGUCACACUAACUCUCUCUCUCUCUCUUACCACACCACUUCGUCAUAUGUAUCGAAGUUUCAAAGCACAGAGUUGGAGCUUCGUGGUCUCAUAACUCAAGGCGUGCGAGUAUUGACAGCGCUGAGUACACCGCGUCGGAAUAUCUCCAAAUGUACACACACAGGUUAUCUUUACGUAUGAAUGACCACUGCACCAGGAUUGAUGUCUCCUCGCAGGACUGCAGCAGAGCGCGUUCCAUCAGCCCGCCUCCAGCAACGGCCGGUAAUGAAGUGCAAGCGGCAGUAUAACCACCAAUGAAUAGAACGUACUCCUAAAUGUUUCGUCUUAUUACUGAUUUUUACAGCUUCUAAUGGAAGUUAAUGGGGGGUUUUCAAUACUUAUUUUUCGUGAUUCUGGUGGUAGUUUAACAAGGAUUCUGCACCGAAGUGAGGCAAAACGUCACGAGGGCCCAGCAAAAUCAUCUCUGUGGCUUCUAAAUAUAAUAGUCGUGGUAACAGACUGAAGUAUUUAAGAAUAAGAGCUUUUUAAUGAUGCUCUCUUAAUUUGAACACUGCACAGUUUGACACUCUCGGCGUCUUGCAAUGAAUGAAGGAAUGAGCGAGUGAAUAGUUAAGCAAAAACUUCCUUUAGUCGAAACAUUUGCGAUAGUCCACUACAUUUAAAAGGCUCUAAUUGGAGUUACAAUUAUUUUUAAGGCUGUGUUUAUGGUUCUAGUGACAGAUAAACAAAAUUUUUAUAUCAUUAAGAGGAUAAAUACUCUUGAGAAUCCAGCUAAUUAUCUUUGUGGCCUUUGAAAAUAGUCGUGGUGAGAGAGCAAAGCGUUUUAGAAUACGAAUCUAAGUUACCAACAUCACAAAUUCCUCAGCAUCACCGUGGUCUAAAGUUUAAAAGUCACGGCACUGUUUAUUUCUAAGGCUUUUGUUUCUGUCGUGCAAUAAGACUACUUGCUGUAUCUCCAAGGGUCGAUAUUCCUUACAAGAGCAAUCUAACACAAGAACAACAAUAACAGCAAUAACAGCAAUCCACACCAAGUUUGCCUCCGCCUCCCCUCUUUUUCCUUUUGUCGUGUUUAUCAGCGCAGUAUUCAUAACAUUCACGGCUCACCAGCUUCAAUGCGUGACACCCUGCUUUCAUUACAGUCUGGUGUUAUAGAGUGGUAAAUAUAGUAGUAGUGGUAAUAGUAGUGGCGGUGUUAGUAACAGUUGCUAUAAUUGUUGCUCCUGUUGUUAUUGUUGCAUGCCUUAAAUUUUCUAAUGAGGUUGAACAAAAAAUACUAAAAUAUACAUUGAAAUAUAGUGUAUGGGGAAGAAAAUACCCAGCCAAUUAGCAUUAUGGAAUAGAAGGGCGUGAUGGAAACAUACUGGACAAGUUUACUAACAAGGCCCAUCCAGCCGACCAAUUGCCGUGUCUCUGUAUGGUAACUAAUACAAUCUAUAUGAUAAUUCCUGCUGGAAACGAUGGCUGCCUUCAAUAUACACUGUCAAUACUGGCAGACAGCAUCAUCAGGUUCGUUUGUGUUGUAAAUACGAUGUGAAUUCCAACACGUACGACAACUUCAAAUCUGCGUACGAUUGGGUCGGCUUGCCAGACAUACGUAUGAUAAUUGUUGGAUGAGUCAGCACGUAGUAUUUGAUUACUUAUUUAUUUAUCUAUUCAUUCUUCAGUUGUUGGAGAUUUUAUAUAUUAAUCUGCUUUCUUCGUGCUUGUUGAGUGACUAUAUAUGCUAUUUUUCUUUGUUUAAAUGAAUAUGUAGGUUUUUUUUCUUCUUUUCUUUCUUUGCUUGACUAUCUAUUUAACUCCUAAUGUCUCUCGCCUGCUCUCCAUCUCAAUUUCCUUGACCUCACCAUCAUCCACGUUAUUCUUUGUCUGCCCCUUCUUCUCUUUCUUCUCCUCCUGCUCCUAAAUAAGUCUAUUUUUUUUUCUCGCUUUCUUCAUUUUAUCAUCUGAUUUAUAUUUUCUUCUUGCUCGGUAACAGCUAGUUCUCCUGUCCUUCCUCUAGCCUGCCUCUCCUACUCCUUCCACUAGGUCAUACCCACCUACCCCUCCCCUUCUCUCUCUCUCUCUCUCUCUCUCUCUCUCUCUCUCUCUCUCUCUCUCUCUCUCUGAGUCAAUCACAGCUGUAUGUAAUGUUAUAAUAUCCCUUGGUGACAAUCAUGACACAAAAGCAACAUCAUGAAAACUUCUCAGAUUAAAGAUUUUUCUCAAUUUUAUUUCACAGUGGCAGUUCAGUUCCGUGGCUGAUCCUCGCCCUUCACUCCAUAGAUGGCGCUGCUUGUGAAGCUCCGAAAUAAAGUUGUAGGUGGU